UAUAAAAUUGUUUUUGUAAAAAUAAUUAUUUUUUGUGUUUAUUUAAAAGGCACAAAAUUAGUUAUAAAUGCUCUUAAAAUGGUAUUAAUUUUAAGCAAUAAAAUAAUUUUAAACAAAGAUAACGUUAUUUAGUUGUACGGCAAUAAAAUUCUGCCACGACGUCUGAAAUGAUGGCAGAACCCGGUGUUAUUGAUAAUCAAAUUGUGGAAAAUGUAAGUGACGAGAAUUUAGCAAAAAUGGAUAAUACUGAAAAGCCCGCGACAAAUCCAUUGAAAGAAAUUGAAAUUAAAGCGUCACAAAUUGUUACACGAUUAGAAAAAGCUGCGGAGGAGAAUAACGUUGAGAGUGUACGAAAUCAACUUCCAUGGGACGCUGAAUCUAGUUCACAAUUGUUGCAUUUGAAUACAGAGAAACAAGAUUUUGAGAAGAUUAUCAGCAAAAUUGAGAAACUACUUAUUUACGAUUAUGAUGAAGAUAAUACUGCCACACUGGAACCAUUAGACGAUUGUGCGAAAAUUGCGAUUGUAUCGCAUAGUAUUAUGGCUUAUGUGAGUACGUUGGAUAGGCCACGAUUACAAAAAUUGAAUGCGAAAUUAACUGCAGAAACUACUAGAUGGCUUAGCUAUAUAUUUAGGUUUUGGGAUUGCGCAGCAAGUUACCACGAUGAUCUUUUCGAAGGUUUAUUACGUAUUAUUCGUAAAGAGCUACAUAGACGAUAUCCACGUGCGUUAGACGAUGGCAUGACUGUAUUAUCAUCUUCGUUACCUACAAUGUACAUUAGUGCACAAAGUCCCCUGGGUGCUUUACAUCAUCAUUGUCGGCAAUUGGGGCUACCAUUUGCUUGUAUACGACCAGUACCAACGCAUACUGUGUUUGGUUCACAGUAUACAAUGGAUAUCAGUGCUUUGCAACGUAUGAUUGGUGAAGAUGUGGUGGCUGGCCGAACCCCGUUACUUGUUGUAGCCGAUGCGGGAACAUUUAUCACUGGUCAUGUUGAUAACAUACCUCGACUUGUGGAGCUCUGCAAGACACAUGAUAUUUGGUUACAUUUGCAUGGACAUGCACUAGCUGCUUUAAUGUUAAAUUCGUAUUUUCAAUCUCCGCGAGCUCCACGUGAUUCAACGCCACCUCCAUUAGCUGAUAGUUUUACAUUAAAUUUAGGAACAUGGCUCAAUAUUCCUGGUCUUCCAAUGGUUACUUUAUAUCGAGCGAACGAUUCAUCAACAAUUCGAGCUGGUUUAAGUGGGACUGGACGUAAGGUACCUUGCUUACCAAUUUGGUGUUCAUUACAGGCACUAGGACGAGAUGCAAUAUAUUCUCGAAUUUCACAAGCAUUCAAAAAUGUUGAAAUUGUAUGGAAAGCAAUUUCUAAAUAUAACUGUAUCAGAAUUGUGAGUCCCACGCCAGGUGGUGAAGAUGGAACCUACACUAUUGAUAAUUUCCUAUCCAAACCUAUAAACACAAAUCUAUUAUUAGAAACUGCUGUCACAUGUGUAGUAUUUCAAUUUAUACCACAAGUUCCCGAAACAGAAAUAUUUACAGGGCGAGUUCCUGAAUAUUACGAUAAACUUAAUAGUUGGUUAGGUCAAGUUCUUCAACGAGACGGUUCACAAAUACCAUUACAAACAUUUGACUUAGAAAAUACCGGUGUAGUAUUGCGAUACUGUCCCUUGGAAAAUGGUUUUCCAUUAACCGAAGAUGAUAUAAUCGCAUUUGUUGAAUUUUUCGAAUCGCAAUUGAAAAUAAUCACAGCUACAGUGCGACAUAAGCAAACAUUUAAGGAACUUGUCGAUUUAUGUCCGGUUCUUAAACUAGUAAAUGUGCCAGAUUGGGCUGGAUUGGGUGGUGUUCGCUAUGCACCUGAAACUUGGGAACAAAUUCUAACUGAUCAAGCAAAAGACGAAUUAAACCGUUUAAAUAUUGCUUUGGUCGAUAAUCUACGUACUACAGAUAAUGCGUUCUCCUUGGGAGAAGAUAUUGAUGGUUUAGCAUGUGUUCGAUUCGGGUUAGUAACCGAUGAUACAGAUAUUGAAGAACUAUUAAGCCUUGUAAUUGACACGGGUAAAGCAGUGGAAGAAAACUCGAAAAUAAUUGAUUCAAUGACAGAAAUCGUAAAGAAAGGUAUUGAAACUGCCAUGCAAGACUUACAAAAAGAAAACGAAGAACGUAUGUGGCAAGAAGGUAUUUUACGACAAGUCCCAAUUGUGGGUACAUUUGUUAAUUGGUGGUCACCAAAAAGUAAAGAAACGGGUGUUCGAGGACGUAGUUUAAAUUUAACUCAAGGAGUUGUUGAAUCCACAGAAAAUAUUUAUCGAUAUCAUAUGCAAUUACAAGGUGGACAAGCGACACCGGGUAUUUCAAAAGCACCACCUCAACCUUUAAUACAAACUCAAGUAGGCGGAGGAAGUCAUUCACGGUCAAGUAGUCACAGCUCAAAUGUUAGUGGUACUGUAAAUGGUCUUCCACAAUCUUCUGCAGAUGGAAGCAAUACAAUUGAAAUAAAUGAUAAUCAAAAACCUUUAUAGUUAUGAGAUAAUUUGUUGAGAGAUGAUUAUUUGUAAGUUGUAAGUGGCAUUUGGAUACGAAAAUUGGAGUUAUCGUAAUCAUUCCGUUAAAAAAACUUUUUAGAAAUUACAACAUGGUACUUUACAUCGGUGUAGAAAUUCUUUACAAGAAUUGUAUUCUAUAUCAAUUUUUACACUGCCGUUAAAUUAUAAAUAUUCUAUUAUUACCAUAUCGAUUAUUUCAGUUUAAUGAUUGCGAUAAAUUCCUAUUAAUUAGGAAUACCUUAAUUAUAUUAUUA